UGAAGGGUGUGUGCAAGGGAGAAUUGUUGGCUGCCAUUGGGAGGGAUGUCAAUAAUCAGAUGUUUCCAAUUGCUUGGGCUGUUGUGAAGGUAGAGAGCAAGGACACUUGGUCGUGGUUCCUGAAAAAUUUGAUGGCGGACCUUGAGAUCACUAAUGGAGGAGGUUGGGCAUUCAUGAGCGACCAACAAAAGGUAAUGCUGGUGCAACUGCACAAACAAUAUUUAUGACAUUUUAUCUUGCACAUGCCUUUAUUAAUGCCUUGAUGUAUGAAUUCUUGUAGGGACUUCUUCAUGCUCUAGCUGAGUUGAUGUCAUUUGCUGAACAUAGGAUGUGUGCGAGGCACAUAUAUGCAAACUGGGCAAAGAUCUACAAAGGGGAGAAACUACAGAAGCAAUUUUGGAUGAUAGCUAAGAACACCAACAUGGCUGAUUUUAGAAUUCACAAACAGCAGCUGCUUGACUUGACGAAGGACGGUUAUGAAGCACUUUUUCAAACUGAACCCAAGCAUUGGUGCAAGGCCUUCUUCAGUGAAGAAUUCAAGAGUGAUAUCAUUGAUAACAAUCUUAGUGAAGCCUUCAAUGGCAGAAUUUUAGAGGCGAGGUGCAAACCAAUCAUCAGCAUGCUUGAGGAUAUUCGAGUGAUAGUCAUGACAAGGCUGCAAAAACAGAGAGAUGAGGCUGCGAAGUGGACUGGACAGUGUGGUCCUAGGAUUGCCAAAAGAUUGGAUGACAACUUGGCGAGUAGUAGGUUCUGUCAUCCUAUCUGGAAUGGAGAUGAUGGCUAUGAGGUCAUGGAAAAAACAGACAAGUAUGUUGUCCAAUUGGACAAACUAAAGUGCUCAUGUCGAGCUUGGCAACUUUCUGGAAUUCCCUGCACACAUGCCAUUUGUGCCAUCCAAGCGAAGUACCAAAAUCCCAAGGAUUGCCUGCAUGGUUACUACCACAAAAGCACAUAUCUUGCUGCGUACCAGCACAUGAUCCAAGUGGAGGGACUCAAAUUGGAUCAAGUGCACAAAGACAAGAACCACCAAGGGGCGCGAAAGGCCCGCUCGGGAGGGCUAGCCGAUAGGCAUGCCGAUUGUCUAGUCAAGGACCCGCCGAAGGCCAAGUUCAAAAACCAGCUGAAGAGCCAACCGGAGGCCCAGUUGAGAAGAAAACCAACUGAACAAGCAGCUCAGGUUCCUCAAAGUGAGGCACCAUAUCAAACAAGAGGGGUCCUCGGCAGAAGAUUAAGGCAAUAUGGUUAUGGAAUUUAUACGGACUUCAAUACUGGAAUGACUAUUUUGCAUUAUAGUACUGGUGUAGUGGGGUGCUUGUGCAAUAUGGUGCUUGCACCAGCUGCUGAUUUUGUGUUGUUUGAGAGUGCAUAUAGUGCUUGCACCAGCACGCCAGCACGUGCUGGUGCAAGCAUUUUGAACCGGUUUUGA